CCAAGUUCAACAUGAGCCUGUCGGCCUGGGGGGGCGCAGACAUCGCCCUGCUGAAGCUGGAGACCGCCGUGACGCUGUCCGAUCUCGUACACCCGGUCUCCCUGGCCCCCGACUCACUAAUGCUCCUCCCGGGGAUGAAGUGCUGGGUGACCGGCUGGGGGACCCUCGCGCCGCAGCCCCCAGCCCCCCACCUGCAGGAGGCCGAGGUCCCCAUCGUGAGGACCCGAGCUUGCGAGAGGAUGUAUCACAAAAGCUCCGUUGCCCACGGCCAGGGCACCGUCAUCAAGGCUGACAUGCUGUGUGCAGGGAGGAAGGGGCAGGACUCCUGCCAGGCGACGCUGGGCCCGCCCCACUGGUCUGUUAGCUGGCUGGGACACCUGCUCCGUGGCGUGCUGAGCUGGGGGCGUGUUGCCUCCAGGCACGGGGAUCUACCUGGUGUCUACACCCGGGUGAUGACCUAUUCCCUUCUGGUCCGCCAGCACGUCCGCCGGAGGCGUUGA